AUGAAGCUCAUCCAAUAUUUACUCCUGGCUCUUGCGCUGACCUCUGUGCAAAUAUCAUUAGCUGAAAGCCGGCUAAAUGAAAAACGUAGAGAUAAAACAGAACGUAGGUAUCACGCUGCUCCGGCUAAAGAUAACAUGUGCGAGAUAACAAACAGAGAAUCAAAAGUGCACUGCUAUUGUGAAAACACGUCGAUAAAGACCGCUACACGAGCGGACUGCUGGGUUUUUAACGGAGGAAUCGACGAAAGCGAUCCCGUUUGGUCUAGUUUCAGCUCACAACCGUACCUUGAGAGAUUAACGUUUAACGUAAGGUCAGAUGGUGCACUCAGAUUCAUCCCCUUACAAGUAAUCCAAAGUUUAAAGAGAUUGCAGAAGCUCUACAUACACUACGCGACAUUAAACAAAAUCGAGAAAAAGACAUUCACAAACAUGUCAACGCUAAGAGAAAUAACACUGAUGAAUGAUAAAAUAGUGGAAUUAGACUUUUCCGCAUUCUCGAACCUACCAUCGCUUGUAAACUUAACGAUAAAGGGGAACAAAGUGGUCGAGAUACAGCGGGACAUUUUCGUAGAUUUACCAAGUCUUAGAUACCUCGAUCUGUCGUUUAACAGCAUUAGUCUCGCUCACGAUGGAUGUUUCGAACAUUUAAACGUUCUCAACGAUUUGGUUCUCGAGGCAAAUUUAAUAUCAGUUUUAACUAGAGACACAUUUAAAGGUCUGGGCAAUUUGACGAGAUUGGAUUUGAGAUCGAAUAAAUUAUCGAUGAUUGGAGAUUUGACAUUUUCUGAAUUAUGGAACCUAAAUGAACUUCUGUUAGAUAAUAAUGAAUUGAAAUAUUUGUCGGAGAGGGCUUUUGACGGGCUCGCCUUGCUAAGAAAAUUAUCUAUAACUGGAAAUCAACUGCAAACCAUUAACGAGGGACUAUUGGAAGGCGUCAGAGGACUCGAGCUAUUAGAUUUGAGGAAUAAUGAAAUUGAAUUAUUGACAUACGAAACUAUUAAGCCGAUUAUGGAGAACUUGAAGAUGAAGACUUCGGUUUUAUAUUUAAGUGGUAAUAAAUUGAACUGUGACUGCCGUUUAUCUUGGAUUCAAUUAUUACGUAAUGAAACUAAAAGUGAACCUUUAAGAAUGGCACUCGAUGAAGUCACUUGCUUUCAAAAUCAUGGGAAACCUGAAGGAAAGGACGAUAUUAAUGAAGAUGUAGUUAAAGAAGUAAAAUCAAUGAAAAGUGAAAAUUUAUUUGAAAUAGAAUCAAACAGUGACAUUUCCCAACAAAACGAAAACGAUGAAGAGCUAUACGUAGAUCCUAAUCCAUCUUAUAAAUCUGAGACAACGAUAAAACCCAUUACGAAUGAAAUAGCAUUGGUUGAUAUUCCUGCGGAAUCGUUGCUUUGUCCGGGCGAGUUAAUUCAGAACGGGGAAGACUCUUUGAUGCUAUCAUCGAAAGACGAAAACUAUUGGCAACCAAAUUCGAGUUUGAUGAUCUUAUCGAAUUUGUCUUUAGUGUUGACAUUGGUAAUAAUAAGUAUUGUGAAUUAA